UCCCGUUUCGUGCCGCCUACGCCGGGGGCGAGAUCCCAAGCUUUGCCCCCGAGAAUCCCGAUCCAUCAGAUCUGCUUUGUCCGAUGUAUUCCGGCGGCGGCAACGGAGGAACUUAGAUAGGGUUUCUACUGUCCGGGACCGUGGAUCUGGCCAUCUCCUACACGGACGUUUCGUGCUGUUUCUGCCGCUUUUGGCAGGUCGGCCAACGAUCCUAUGAUUCAUGAUUCUUGCCUUUCUGUUUCGGGAUUAAAUGCAGGUUGCGUCGCUAUUGGUUUUCAGCGAACCUCUAUUUGUCUUCUUGGACUGCAGAAGUUUCGCAUUCUUUGCUUGCUCCUGAUUCGGUUAGUUCCUUUUCCAUCUGAGGAUCUACAUAUGUUUUUGUUUGUUCUUGUGAUUGCCUUUUUUUCAAGAGGGGUGUCAAAAAAAGAGCUUGCAGCUUUUUUGUUUUCCCCCGGUGAUGGAUGCGUUUCUAUCUAGUUUUUGGACUUCGCUUCUGUGAGCUCCUCAACUAUUGCCAUAAUGUCAAUGUUGUCAAAGCUGCGGUGUAUAACUGUGGAUGUGACUGGCACUCUAAUAGCAUAUAAAGGAGAACUUGGAGAUUACUACUGCAUGGCAGCUAAAGCAGUAGGAUUGCCCUGUCCGGAUUACAAACGCAUGCAUGAAAGCUUCAAGGCUGCAUAUACAGACAUGGCAAAACGGCAUCCAUGUUUUGGACAUGCAGCCAAAAUGCCAAAUCCUGAUUGGUGGAGGUUAUGUGUUAAAGAUUCAUUUAUCAGGGCAGGUUAUGAAUACGAUGAUAAGACAUUUGAGAAGGUGUUCAAAAGAAUAUAUUCAACCUUUGGAUCUUCUGCACCUUAUUCUGUAUUUCCUGAUUCUCAUCCCUUCCUUAGAUGGGCACGUCAAAAGGGUUUCAAAGUCGGAAUUGUCAGCAAUGCAGAAUAUCGAUAUCAAGAUGCAAUUCUUCCUGCCUUGGGACUCAAUCAGGGGUCAGAGUGGGACUUUGGUGUAUUCUCAGGCAUAGUGGGUAUUGAGAAACCAGACCCAAGGAUCUACGAGAUUGCACUCGAGAUGGCAGGAAAUAUUGCCCCGGAGGAAGCACUGCACAUCGGAGACAGCAUGCACAAGGAUUACAUCCCUUCUAGAAGUGCGGGUAUGAGUGCGAUGCUGUUGGACAGAUUUAAGACAUCAGAUGCUGAGAGCUGGAGGGAUUCUGGUGCAGUUGUGCUUCCUGAUCUAGUUGCUGUUCAAGAAUUGCUCACCAAGGAAGUCCAAAUUCUGCAACUACAAGUGCAAGAUGUGUCUUUAUUCAUUUCUAUCUGAUCGAAAUUCUUGAAACUCUACUGUGUAUAUCAUUGAUAGGGAAAAACACAAGUGAAGGGAGACUGGAACCUGAAUUAAAUUUACCUUGUGAUUGAGGCUAUAGCAAUACUGACAAACCUUAAUUUCACUUUUGUUGUAAACUCUUAAAACUUGCAACAAGAUAUGAUAUCAGAACUUACAUUCUAAGUUUUUUUUUUUGUCGACCUUGUAUAUUCAUCGUGUACGUCUAACAUUAAUAAGAAACAAAGGCAACUUAAUAGUGAUUUGACUUGGGAAUGCUUAAAAUUUGAUACAACCAUCUAUAGCUAAAGAUUACUUAUUCAAAAGGUGGAAACUAAAUUACUAAAAAUAAGGCUCUUAAAAACCGCAUGCACCUGGAUCUUACGACCCUAUUAAUUCUGAGAUACCUGAUCCAGUUCCACAUUUCGUCCCUCAAAUAAAUCUAGAAAUUACGAUAACUCCUGACGUGGCAUCCGAUCCCUGUCAAAUCUCUCGCCACCACAUCAUGCCAUGGGGUAGGCGAGAGUUCUUCAUGGACCAUUAGGAGGAACACCUGUAGGAGGAAUAUUCUCCUUCUUCAUCUCAAAAUCCAAGAACGGUCUAGGGAUUUGUCUAAGCGGACGACCGCAUGAAGAACGUUGCCUGUAUCCGACCGUUGCACUCUUUUUCCAACGUCUAAUGACAUACUGACCUUUGAAUUCACUCCCAUAAAAAAGUAAUAGACUGGCCAUCGUAUUGUUAACGGGUGCGUGGAUGGGUGAGUUGUCUUCGGGCGGUAAAGCUUGUAUAUUAUUUCUUCCCCAACGACGCUACGCUCCCUGCGGACUAUUUUAGCGAGUAGAAAGUGUCUCAUCCGGCCGCGAAGCCAGAUCCCAAAUCUUGCCCAAGAAUCCGCUUCUUCCCGUUCUGAUCCCCAAGCGCGAUUGCUUUCACUGGAAGUCGCCGAUGUAUCGCGGCCACGGCAGUGGAGGAACUUGAGAUAGGGCUUUCCGCCUCCCAGGACUGCUGAUCUGGAUGCCGGGUUUUCUUGGUAGCUUCGUGCUGCCUCUGCUGCUGUUGGCAGAUUUUCAAAAUUCAGAAUUGGAACAGCUCUGAGGUUAUUUCUUUUAUCAAUUGUUGAGCAAAACUAUCUUUGAAACGUGCAGUUCAGAUGAACAUAUGAAUCAACUAUGGAUUAUGGAAAGGUGUGACGUAAGGAUGGAGUGCUGCACCCGUGAGUUUUGUGAGUAACAGGAUCCACCAAGUUCCUGUAAUUCAUACAAGAGAAACAAAAGAAAGCUCCUGUGACGAGAAAAAAAAUGAGGAAAAUAUAGAAAGGAACAUGAGAAAAAUUGAGUCAAGAAAACCACACAAAAGAUCUUGUAAAAUGAGGUGACAGCUUGAAGAUCCAAAUCUAUUUGUGAUGCCAGCAGUGUCAAGCUGAUGAAGAGACACAUCUGUGGAAUGAUACGAUUCCAAAUAGACAAAUUCAAAUAACUCUUUUAAAAUAUUAUCCUUUAGAAAAAAUUAUUAGAUUUAUUAUUAAUUCGAGGACAUGAAAAUAUUAGAAUAGGUUAUUUGACUUAUUAAUAAUUUAUUAUUGAUUUGAUAUUAUUGUAGGACUAUACUUUUGAAAGAUGAUUCAAUUAUUGGAGGCUGAUUCUCUCGUGAUCA